AUGUCCAACAGAGAAACCGCAAAAAAGGCGGUGGAAGAAAUUGGUGAGAAGCUUGGACAUGUUAGUCCGGCGAUCUUGGAUCGCAUUGGGAAGCUGCUUCCUGAGGAGAGACGCAUAAUUGAACAGAGUCUGCGUGCGAAGGACGAGAAAAUAGGCCAUUCAAUUAAGACACUGGCAAAAAACCUCUAUAACAGCAAUGCUCGAUUUGUCUUCGAACUUCUGCAAAAUGCAGACGAUAAUCGCUUUAUGCUAGCGAGAAAACACAAAGAAUUACCCUUUAUUUCGUUUAAGGUCUAUCCCGAUCGUAUCGUUGUAGAGUGCAAUGAGGACGGAUUUAGCAUUGAAGAUCUGUCGGCCAUCUGCUCUGUUGGGGAGAGCACCAAAGCCGCAUCUCAUGGCUACAUUGGGGCAAAAGGCAUCGGGUUCAAGUCCGUUUUCAUCGCGGCUUGGAAGGUUCAUAUCCAGUCCGGCAAUUUUUCCUUUCAUUUUAAGCAUAGAAGAGGUGAUCUUGGUCUUGGAAUGGUUCUACCAGUUUGGGAGGACCCUGAAUACGAAUGCCCUGAUCGCUUAACCCGUAUGACUCUUUAUCUUCACACGGAAGGAGAGCCACACGCACUUGAGCAUCUCCGCAAAACCAUUUUCCAGCAACUCAGUGAUCUUCAGCAGACUUCUUUACUCUUUUUGCGUAACAUCAAGCAAAUAGGAGUCUUCUUUGACGAUGGCAAUGGUGGGAUGAGGCGAUCUAAGACUUUUCGUGUUCGCGAUGCGCCUGGCCACAGUGUCUUUCUCGACGCCACUGUCGUGGAUGGAGAUGAGAACUCUACCACGGUUGAGCAACGCUACCAUGUCACUAGGCGCACUGCCACCGAGCUUCCGACGAGCGACAAUCGCAACCUCCUGAGUACACUUGAAACCAAUACGGCAUUUUCGGAGGCGGAGGUCGUCUUGGCGUUCCCUCUCACAGUAGAUUCAAGACCUUUGCUUGAAAAACAGGAGAUAUUUGCCUUUUUACCAGUCCGUGAGUCUAGGUUCAAAUUCUUGAUACAAUCCGACUUUGACACUAGCGCAAAUCGGCAAGAUAUCUCUACGACUUCGAGAAGAAAUCUUUGCCUAUUACCUCAUAUUGCCUCAGCAUUUGUGAUGGCAGUGUUGGAAUUCUGUGAAGAUCCAGAGUUGUGCUACGCAUGGCCGAGCUUCCUUCCAUCGUUAGAUGAUGAUAUGGGUGACUUCUGGUCUCCUCUGGCUCGCUCGAUCAGGGAUUUGAUUGCCGAGACCCCGGUUUGGAGGUCAAGGCACGGCAACAGCCUUCGUGUGAUAGAUUCCAUCAUGAUUCUUCCAGAGGACUUCAUGGAUAGCGACGGGAAUCCAUUGCUGGACGACUCAAGCUUAGAUCCGUUCAUAUCCACCGCCUACCCGGCCGCGCUAGAAGAGACUCUCAAAGAGUACGGACUCCGCGUGGGGUCUUUUGACCUAAUCCUCAGAAUGUUGAAAAGUGAUCUUGAAAGUUCUACCUCCAGAGUCAAGUCACAUGUUACCAGCGCAGACUUCCACUCCCGCAUUUCACAACUUUUGUCGACGAUUGCAAACGAGCACGAAGAUGGAAUGCGUACUCUGAAUGAGCUUGCUAUUCUUCCUCUACGAAAUGGCGAAUGGGUGCCUGCUAACAGCGGUCCGGUAUACUUACCAAAGACUGGUGAAAUAGACAUCCCGGCUGACGUGGAUUUUCGCAUCUUGGAUCCAGCAGCGGUUGCCAAUGAAGACCGCAGAGCGCUUUUCACACAUUUGGGAGCCGUGGAGCUGUCGGUUAGUGCAGUUCGAUCUGCAAUACUGGCGAAUUAUAGACCCUUGUGCAACGGGGUUUGCAUCGAAGAUUCGAGAGUUCAUCUGCGUUACUUGUAUCUGACACACAAUCGCCGUCAGAUUGAAGAAGAUUUCUGCAAUGUUUGUGUUUACUGCGAUCAUGGUACUAUGAAUAAUCCACACGAAGAAGAGAUCUACCUCCCGCACAGCCAUCCAUAUGGACCAAAGGCCCUCCUAGGGCCAACGGAGUACUCCCAGGGCAUGGAAUACCUCUGGAAGUAUCAAAGCUCCGAACUGCGCCAAAAUGCUGAUCUCAUCAUGGAAAUCCAAAGCAUGAAUGCAAGAAAGCUUUGCAACAGGGACCUGCCUGAUGACUGUCGGCUUGACGAAACAUAUUUGCCUCUAUCCAACCUUCGGGCGCUUUGUCAUCGUUUUAUGGAGGAAGAUGAACCUUUCCCGUUCCUAUACCUUGAAGAACUUCUAGAUGAGGAACUCUACUCCAAGUGGAUUUUUCUUCACAACGAUUUCUCAGUCGGAAAGGACGACGAUAUGGGUUUUCUGCUUAACGUGCUGUAUUGGAUCCAGAGCGCCAACCCUGAUGAAUCCGCACUUACCUCGUAUGAGCGACUAUGGGAUUUGUAUAUUACAAUUGGCGCAAAGCAUCUUGCUGCCGAGGACAGAGUGGUCGCUGGAGACAAAAUUAAGUUUUUUUUUUCAGACGGUGACUACAUUUUCGUUCCUAAACUCCAAGAGGAUGAUCCUUACGAUGCGGCAUGGGCCGGUCUUGAGCAAUGCCUAUGGGACGCACCACCAAAUAUGAUUUCCAAGUAUUCUCUCAAAUACGUCUUCGAGCAAGUUGUCGGAGAAGGUCAACUCGAACAUCUUUCACAAUUCUUCAGGCAUACAUUGAGCAUUCCAGAUGCCUCAUGGUCAGAUCUGACAGGGGAACUGGUAGAGCGGAGCCAGAACCACUGCGUGGACUUCGACCAAAUCUUCCAUAUGUACAAGCGCGAAUUUGAGGAUGAAAGCCUGAUUUUUGUGACCACAAACGGCGAACCCGGUUGGUACAAAAUCUCCGAGUGUUUGUGGUCAAGUACUACAGAUAUACGUGGGAAGGUCACCCUGAAUGACCAUUACGAGGACUUGAAAGAUUUCUUUAUCGAUACUUUAGGGGUCAACACACUCACCCUUCGGAUGGUAUAUGAUGAGCUGUUAGAAACAAGCUCGGAGUCAGCAAUUGACGAGACGAAAAGUAAGAUCUGGUCUCUCAAUGCUCUCCUUCUAACAGAUGGAGAUUAUGUUGACCCAGAUUUACUGCUGGAAAGAUCGGUGUUUCCUGUCGUUUAUCCAGAUGGAACAAAAGGACUCACGUCUGCUGCUACGGAGUUCGCGAUUCCUGACCGGGAACACCUGGCAUCACAAUUUAGAGGCAAGAUCAAGAUUCUUGACUUCAGUCUCGAAGAAGUGCGUCGUCUGAAAGGCUUUUUUGAGUGGACAAAUCUCACACAUCGCUACUUAUCUGCAUCCAUCAAGGAGCUGACUUCCUUCUCUGGCGAGGCAACGCAACUAAUUUCAGCGCCCCACCGGGACUUGAGAAGAAAGGCUCAUGCAAUCCUCCGAGUCGCGGCCACAUUCAAUAGCCCGAGGUAUUGUGCGAAUCCAUCGGGGCUGUACGAGUUGCUUCGGACGGCCAGGAUUGAAGCCACGGAUGGAGUUUUCUCAAUUCUGAGAAUCUCCCAAGAUGGCGUCGUGGCGGAUGUUGAAGAAUUGAUUGGAAAAUUGCACAUCAGUGAAGAGCCAUCUGGUCUCGUUGUUUAUGUGCCGAAAGACAAAAAGGCCCAAGAACUUUGCUUCUGUGACCUUUUGCCUAAGCACCUGCUCAACUGGCUCAUGCGGGAUCCGGCCACUCAAAUUCCUGACAACAUCGAAAGCAAUGCAGUAAAUGUAAUUUCCAUGGUUUUGACUAUCGAUCCUUCCGUUAUCGACCUUAUCUUGGAGCGCCAGGGUAUCAUCGAGAUUGACGUGCCCAACGAAGACCCUGGCAUUGACGUUGAUAGCAUUGAUGAUCAAAUAACACCUCAACGGGCACGAAGUCAGGAUCGAUCUGCCGCUGAGGUUCCACUAAUCUCACCGGAUAUUAUCACCCUAUCUCCCCAUCUGAAUCGCCGACCCUCAGGCGCUUCCUCCGAGCAAGUGAUUUUUCGACAAACUGCGAUGGCCUACCAUUCACCCAACUCCAAUCGCAACCGUCCACCGCUGCUGUACUCGCUACAUGACCAUACAGCGCAGGACAAUAUGCAGUACCGAACGCUCCUCACUCGGGUGCUUUUGGCUGCGAGGCGAGCCACAUUUCCCUCGAGUGGACCGCUCAACAUGAGCGAACUGAAUGAAGCGCUGUCGGGAGAAGAAAUCUGCCAUCGAUUCGAUGACUUCGAUGGCAUUGACAUAAGGAAUGUGUUCCACCCAGACAACCAGCACGAAAGAGACAAGAAGAUUGGCGCCGCAGGAGAGUUAUAUGUAGGUUGCAUUUCCGCUAUCUUCUUUUGGGUAAAGGUUUAA